UGGCAGCACUCUUGCUUAUGUCAGAUUGCAAUGAAAUGUUUAUUAUGGUCUGAAAUAAACAUUGCAAAUCUAAUUGGAAUAUUAUUAGCAAAAUUAUUGGCAACGAGUUCGACUUUAUUUAAAUACUUAAAUUAAUGUUAAACUAAUUUGUAGGUUACCAACAUAGUGCGUUUAAAACCAAGCUAUGUUAAUGCAAAAUACACAAAGUUUGAUAAUGCAUUAGAUGUUACAUAUAUUUAACAUUAGUAGCUGCUCAUACAACAACGAAAGUGAUAACAAUGAGCGGAAUGAGUGGCGGAACACCUAUUCCUAAUCUGAAUCAAGGAGAAAAAGUAUUUACCGAACAUGAGCCCGAUGAAUUAGGUCAACCAACUGAGGAAAUAUGCACUUUAAAAAAUGCUUUGACUCCUGAAAUUCUUACGGUGGCGCCACCUUUAAUGGACUUCGAGGAUGAAUUGGUGUGGUUUGAUUUAAUCAGCAACACCACAAAUAAAAUUUUAUAUGAUAACACCGAUUGCAUUGAUGCAAGUCUGAAAAAUUUGUGCGAACAAGCAUACCUACAACCAUUAAUACCACAAGAUCAAAAACUGUUACUAGAAGAAUUGACGAAAAAUGAAAAUUUUGUACAUCAGUUUGGUUUAACUUCAGAGAAACUUCCACAACUUGUUGAAAAUAAUCCAUUGAUAUCUGUUGAAAUACUAACGCGACUUGUAAAUACAACACAAAUGGCGCAGUACUUCCGUGUAUUGGUCGACCGUAGCAUCACAUUGCACUCCAUGGAAGUUGUUAAUAGAUUAACGACUUUAGUCAAUUUACCACCAGAAUUCAUCAAUUUGUAUAUAAGCAAUUGUAUUUCCACUUGCGAAACAGUAACGGAUAAGUACAUGCAGGCACGUUUGGUGCGUUUAGUUUGCGUAUUCUUGCAAUCACUUAUAAGGAACAAAAUCAUUGAUGUUAAAGCAUUGUCCCUUGAGAUCGAAGCAUUCUGUGUUGGUCAUAACCGUGUAAAGGAAGCAGUAGGUUUAUAUCGUUUGUUAAAGCAUCUGGACACGGCGGAACAAAAUUUGUCGUAAUCAAAAACCACCAAAAAGAAAGUAAAUUAUUUGAUAUGUACAGAUCUUUUUUAUAUAUAUUAAUUAAUAUAUUGUUCAUACAUUUUAAUCAUACCUAAAGAUUUAAAAUAUAUUGUAAAAAAUAUAUAUACAUAUAUAU